AUGGAACAUCGUAUUAGUAAAAAACUAAUUCGCAAAGUGCCUUAUUUUGACAGAAUGUUGAGCCAUGAUCUAUUGGAAUCAAAGGAAAACAAAGUUAAACUGGAUUUCGAUGAACGAGCUCUCAAAUUGAUUCUUAUUUCGUUGGAAUUCGGUCUUAUUUUCAUUGAAAUGGAUAACGUAAUAAAUUUGUGCACCAUUGCUGACUAUUUUGGUGUCAACAAUUAUUUGAUAGAUGAUUGUAUAAGUCAUUUUCAUGACAACUUUUCAAUUGAACAUCUUCCUGUCGUCAUACCACAAGUUACUGCAACCUCUAAGUUGAUCAACUCUCGUGCUCUUAAUGUUUUCAUUCGUCGAUACUUCACGAAAAUAGUGAACACAACUGCUUGGUUGGAUUAUCCUAUUGAGACCAUUGAAUUUGUUUGUGCGUUGGACCUUAUGAUUUACUCAGAAGUGCAGGUUUUCGAUGCAAUCAUAAGAUGGAUCAAAUUAAAGAAAAAUCCUAGAAAGUCGUUUCUUAAAAGAUUGUUAAAGUUAAUCCGAUGGUGCCACUUGAAAUGUAAAGAUUUGGCUGAAAUAAAGAAAAAUAAAUACGUGAAAUCUUUAAAAUUUGAACCAAAAUUAUGUUCUCGUGACAAAUCUGGUUGUGAUUGCAGUAUUGAUCGAACUAAGCAGAACUUUUUUAUUAUCAUUGAUCAAUUGGAUGCUGCGAACUUGCGAGUCAAAGUACUUAACAGAUAUUUUGUGCCUCUUGUUAAUAAAGUGGUUGAACCAGAUGAUUCAAUGCCUUUACAUCUUGUCCACAAUGAACAUGUGUCUGAUAUUUUUGAUUCUGGAAGGAAUAUAAUUCGAAUUGAUUGGAAGCAGAAAAAAUAUCGUCUACUUGACUAUAAAUCACAUUAUCGUAAAAUUCAUAAAUGUCUUUUUGGAGAUCAGAAAAGCGGAGCCCAUUCCAAGAUAUUAUUGCCUGUUGAAAGUUCCUGUUAUGAAGAUUGUUGGACUAUAAAUUCCCUUCUUGAAGCUAACGAUAAGUUUAUUUUGGUUCGUAGCCAUGCAGAUUGCUUCCAAUGUUGGACAACACCAACUACCGAACAAAUUGACUCUCACUUCAUCGACUGUGGACACACAAGCCUGGCAACUGUUUUAAAUGACAACAUUUACUUACUAAAGCAUAAUUUUGAGUUCUACCAGAUCAACGUUGAUAGCAAGCCCAAACUUGGGUGGAUGACUGUUGAUAGGUUGAAAGAUUUUAACUUUGGUAAUUUACUUUUAACUUCCAGUCAAGCUAAUGGUGAUAAAGUUUUUAUUAUUGAAAAGACUACAAGAACCCUCUUUUGUUACAAUGUAAAAACUGAAAAAUGGAGUUCAAUUGGUCGAAUCAGUGAUUGUGAUAACAGAUCUGCUGAUCAAAGAGAUCGAUCUGAUAGGCUGUUGACUUUCACCUCAACAUUUAUAUCGAUGGACACUAUUGUAUUGUAA